CGUUUUGUGAAAUUGUGGUAAGACCGGUAACCAGAGAUGUUUGUUUUGAAUUGGUCAUUCGAAGUGAUGAAAGUGCUAGCAUUUGUGAUUGUGUCGUUAACAAAGGCAGUCGUCUCGUUGUUUGUGGAAUGAUAACCUCUGCUAAAUGAAAACACUCUACAGAUCUUUCAACGCAAAUCGCUGAUACAUGAUUCAUUCUCAUCAUUUAGAGUUGAAAAUCUAAAAGGUAGUUAUCCAAUAUCCAAAGUAAUACGGGUUGCUAAUCGACCAUAACGGAUUUCAUGCAGAUAAUCGAUUAUAUCAUAGUCACAAUCGAUCAUUUGGCUAUUGAUAAUCGAUUACCGGCAACAACACCGCGGCCGCGGUGGCGCUAGUCUAAUAAAAGUAUCGUGAUGAUCAUCAGUGUAGUGAUGCUGUGGCGUGGGUGACCAAAUGACGAUUUGGCGGUGCAACACAAUGCCUGAGAAACCGUUGAUGAUUAAGUAUUUUCAUCUCGAAUCGUUGAUGAAUAGUUCAUUGCUCAUGGUUUAGAGUGCAAAAUGUAGACUUUAUUUGUGUAAUAAAAGUGUUGUGAUGAACAUCAGUGUGGUGAAGCUGUGGCGUGGUUAACAAAAUGGCGAUUUGCCGGCGGAAUACGGGGCAUGAGAAGCCAUUGAUGAUCAAGUAUUUUCAUCCCGAACUGUUAAUAAAUAAUUAAUUUCUCAUCGAGUUCAGAAUCUUGAAAGGAGUUGAAUAAAUAAAAAUAUCGGGAUGAACAUGAGUGUGGUGAAGCGGUGGCGUGGGUGACAAAAUGGCGGUUUGCCGGUGGAACACGAUGCCUGAGAAGCCGUUGAUGAUCAAGUAUUUUUAUCCCAAAUCGUUGAUAAAUGAUUAAUUUCUCAUCAUUUAGAGUGCAAAAUGUAGACUAUAAUAGUGUGAUAAAAGUGUAGUGAUGAACAUCAGUGUAGUGAACUUGUGGCGUGAGUGACAAAAUGGCGAUUUGGUGGAAUCGGAUGCCUGAGAUGCCGUUGCUGAUCAAGUACUUUCAUCCCUCGGGAUGAAAGUGUUUGCAACAAUGCUUCCCCCCCUGUUAUGCAGAUUAACUCAACUGAAAAAUGCUGACAGCAAUGUGUCCAAAUUGCCGACACCGCUUCCCAGCACCAGGGUGCUGCAAUCCCUGUCCUCAGGAGUCAGCUCUCCCCCCUGGGGAUUGUAACAGUUACUAUGGAAGUCUCCUAGUGCCACGAGAUUACACAGGUGGAGGUUGUUUCAUAAAUGCUCCUACAAUAAUUCAGGGUCCAGCGAUAAUUCAAUCAUCUUCUGAAGCCCGUAAACUGGAUACUCCGAGUAUCUUCAAUCACCACCGUGACAACUCGACUCAUAGAGCAUCCCGAUGUCAUACAUCUCCAGACGUUCAAAUAAAUACAACAUGCGACCUGACAGGAGGAACAGUGAUGAUAACGACACCCAGCAUUCAGUCAGGAGGAUGUCUGAUCGAAUCAACGGACUCUGGGUACCUGGUGCAAUCACCGACGAUAGAAAUUCGACCGAAAUUAUCCGGUGGUGGGUGUUUAGUCCAGAAGAGGCUCUCCACAGACUUCACUGACACUCUGGGGGAUCUUAACUAUUUCGAAGCGCCUCUCACCUUCGACAAGAUGGAGGAAAUUAUUAUGAAAACACCUCCCAGUGGUUGCCAGGAGCUACCAGGUGCCAGGAUCAAUGAGGGAUCGUGCUGCUGUGGAACAUCAAACUCCUGCAAAAAGUCUUCUACCUCGUUUGGAACUACCUGUAUACCUAUGGACUCAUCAAAGGGCCCAGAAAGCUCUGGUGUUCAGAUUCAGGUGAAUGCCACUGUACAAUUGCCAUCUAAUGGUGGACAAUGUACUUUCAACAUCACAGCAACUGCUGAGAGCUCUGGGUCCAGGAUAUCUGGGAGUCCAACUAGCGUUCGAGUUAGGAAUAAUUUCAAUGGUGGUAGACUGAUGAAUCAAGGUGGAAUCAGCGGUGAUGAGAGUUCAGUACCUGUGGAGACUGAGAAAAGGGACGAUGCACCCACGACACCGCUGUCCUGGUUAACACCGUGUCCGUGGGGUUUCGAUAAUGUUGUGGCUGAGAAGGAUGUGGCAAGGCUACACGAGAUCAAGAGGAUUUUACGCACAAGUGGAUGGUACCAUGAAGGCUUGAGUUGGCAGCAGAGUGAACAAAUCCUGAAAAAUGCUGAGGUGGGGAGGUGGCUUUUGAGGGACAGCUCUGACAGUAGGUAUGCUUUUGCUGUAUCCGUGCAGACCACAAGGGGACCAACUUCAGUGAGAAUUCUUCAUUCUUUUGGAAGAUUUAGACUCGAUGCUGAACCCACUAUUGCUCAUGCCAUGCCUACUUUUGAUUGCCCUAUCAAGAUGCUAGAGUACUACGUACAGUACUCGAAAAAGAUUGAGGAGAAUCAGAGGCAUGUGUGGGUGGAUUACAGUGGACUUUUAUUCAGCCAUAUUUAUCUGACAGGGCCGGUCGUCAAGGAGGUGAGAUCGCUCAGUCAUAUGGCGAGAAUUGCGAUUGAUAGGCGGCUGUUGGAGGGAAGGAACCUUCCUGCUCCGAUUAGGAAUUAUAUCAAUGAAUAUCCAUACUCGUUUUGAGAGGGUGGGGAAAAGGGGGGCUUGGUAGAAAAGGGCAAGUUGGGGAGAAGUCUAUUUUUUAGGAGUGUUUGUAGGGUUAGAGGAGAUGGAGAAUUUUUGUGGAAGCGUGAAAUAAGAGAGAGAGAGUGCUGUCGAGAAUUUUAUGACUUCAAUUAAUUCUCAACUAUUUACGAGGGAGUAAAUUAAGCCAAGUUAAACGAAAUGAAGUGCAUGGCAAAGUCUUAGAAAAAGAUUUUUGAGAUUUUAAUGUUUCAGUCGAUUUGGAGAUAAGUAGAAAAAUUAUUUCUAAUUGAGUUAAAUUCAACGAGUCAAAUAACGAAAUUUUUAGGAUAUAUUCUGUAAAGAUAAAGAAAAAAGGAACGCUUUAUUACCUAAAAAUUUCACUGCUACUUGUUAAUCCAAACAUAUGUAGCCAAAUUCCAUGUUUACUUAUUUUGUUUUACUCAACGUAAUCAUUCCUUUUCUUUACUGAAAACCCCAACGUCGAUCGGAAAUAGAGAAAUUUUAAUGACUCCGCUCAUUGCAGCACUCUUUUCUCUGCAAAAAUUUUAAUAUCCCCUUUAGUUAUGCAAUAAACAUUAAAAUUUACUACUGCAUAAGAACAUGAGAUUUAAUCCUAGAAAUUUUGAUUUAUGCUUCUGGUUUCUAUUCAUUCACGAAAAUGUUUCUGAUUUUAUUUUACGUUUGUGUAAUCGUACGGAGACGAGACACAAGGUCGCAGUUGAAUGUGUAGAUUGGGAUUAAAUUCAAAAUUAUUUGGGAACAGAUUAUUUAAAAUGAAGGAUGUGUAUGUACGUCUUGUAUUUAUACUGGGGAUUAACGAAUUGAAUUAAGUGAACCAAAGAGAAUGGAGAAUGAAUAACGAGUAUGCCCUGACUUGCGACUUAGUAUUACAAAUUUGUAAAUUGAAUAUUAGCGUCUUAUUUAUCCAGCUUAGAUGUUUCGAAUCUAUUUAAGUCAAUAAAGCAUAAUAUUUCAGUUUUAGGGAAUUGACGGAUUGGACAAUUUUGAGGACUAACGGUGUUUUAAUCGACUAGUCUAGCAUUGGUUUUGACAGAAUCUGGAUAAUUAUUAUUUUAAUUUGAACGAUUUGUUGUUUCUGGGUACCUUAUACAUACCCUGAUGAACUAUCGUCAUGGGAGUUUUCAUGAGCAUUCUGAAGUUCUGAAUUUUAGUUUUGUUUAUUGAUUGUCCGUCGAUUUUUUAUUCACGGUAAUUUGUUUAGUCAUUUGUGUUGAUGCGAAAAACGGAAUUUUAUGCUAAUAGCGAAGUGAUGGGGGAAAAUGACAAAGUUUUAAUUUUUAAAACAUAAGUCAAAUAUAAAAGUCUAAGGAAUAAUAUUCAGUGAUUUUUGUGAAGAAUUUAAUGAACUGUGAAAAUGGAUGCUUGAUAUUUCCAUCUUCACACCAUAAUUAUCAACAUAUUUGCAAAUUCGUAAAUAUGAUGUUAUCAAUAUUCUAAAAAAUAAUUUUGCGAACAUUCUUGUCUCAAUUCAAUGGUUUCCGCAAUAUUCAAAAUAUCUAUUGAGAAGCCAGUUAGAGCGGAGACUUCUUCAGGUGCGUUUUUGCUAAAUUGAGUUUCUCAGAAAAAAUUCUCCCAAUAUUAUUCGGUAAAAGUUAAUUAUCAUCAAAUAAUACAUUAUGGAACAUGUAACGUAAAGGUUUUCUGAUGACCGUGAGGGUUGGAAAACGCAAGUGAGUUUUACAGUCACAAGAGUUAGAAAAUCUAUACCACAUGUGCUAGCGCGCGUUAUUUAUCAUUUACUGCACCAAGAGAUAUCAAGAGUAUUUACAGAAUACUCUACAAGAUUUCUCUCUAUAUUUUUAUAAAACAAGAAUGAAUAAAUAACUAAAUACAGAUACCCUCCAUCACUUUGCAAUACAAAAUUGAUAUCUCCUCGAAACCGGAAGUAUAAGGAUUAAGUUUCGUCGACAGAUAUCUACAAGAGAAAAAAAUCGUAAACCUGUUUUUAAAAAUGAGCGCGUGCCUGAGAUUACCGUCGGGACAUAUGUCCUCACAUUGCAGAUAUUAAAGCUGUUAUAACAACGAGCUCUGACGAAUAAGUAAACAAUUAAUGCAAUCUUCGGCCACCCACGAGGCAAUCCGCAUUGCAAUGCAAAGUCUAUCAAACUUAUCAUUUAUAAAUUAUAAAAAUUAUAUAUUUUCUCCUCGAAAUGAAAACCCAUGUGUGCGUGUAUCUGGCUGCGUGUGAGUGUGUAGACUUGUGAAUUUUUUCUCGAUGCAUGUGAGUCGAAUAACUUUAACAAACAAGUUGCAGAUAUCUCUAUAUUAGAGACCUCGUAUUAAUGUAUAAAAAAAAAUUCCUAUUUUUAAUUUAACGACUACAGCUGGAAAUAAUAGAUAAAUGGGUGGCUCACCACGAUUGGGGAGGGAAAGGAGGCUCGAUUGUUGGAAGAGCCUUGAACUGAGACUUACUGAUAGCCCAUAAACUGCCAUUACAAUUUAACGAAUAACAAUUUUAAUAAUUUAAUAACUGAAUGCAAUUUUCUGAAAUAAAAUCAAUGAAAUUUUAAUUGAAAGAAUAAAUUGUUUAGUUAUUCGUUUUAAUCGCCGAGACAUGCUCUCAUUUUAAUUAAUUAACGAUGUGAAUUAUUUUCAACUGCAAAGGGAAACAUGUAUUUUCUAUAUUACAAAACGAUAAUGUAUAGAAUGAACAAGUUAAAUUAUUAAAAAACUUAUUUAUUAAAAAAAUUAA